GUCAGGACUAUGACAUGUUUCGGGGCCUGUUCUGUGUAAGUAUUGUUUUUCUAAUCAUUCUCCUUCCUUUUGUUUCAGAACACAUUUACCCAGGUGCAGUUUGGACCAAUGAGGUUAUACGAAGAUCAUCUUGAGGUACUGUUAGUAUUUGCCAAAGAGGACAGCCAGAAUAAUGGGUUCUGCUGGGCGUGUGAGAAGGCCAACUUCAGGUGUAACGUGGCGAGGACGCCAGAGGCGGCGUUGGAGUGUUUCCAGGAAAAGCACCACGACCUCGUCAUCAUCGACCACAGACAUUCCAGAUACUUCGACGCUGAAUCACUAUGCCGGUCGAUCAGGGCGGUGACCUCUUCAGAAAACACUGUGAUAGUCGCUGUAGUAAAAAGGCCGGACAGGGAGGAGGCCUCGGUGAUGCCCCUUAUCAAUGCUGGCUUUAACAGGAGAUAUGUGGAGAACGCUAACAUGAUGGCCUGUUACAAUGAGCUGCUGCAGCUGGAGCAUGGAGACGUUCUGGCACAGUUCAAACUGAGGGCGUGUAAUGCUAUCUUCACAGCAUUGGAGCAGAGUCAGGAGGCCGUAGAGAUCACCAAUGAGGAUCAAGUCAUUCAGUAUGUGAACCCUGCCUACGAGAGCAUCAUGGGUUACCAGCAAGGUGAACUAAUAGGGAAGGACAUAAUAGAAGUGCCUAAAAGUGAAAAGAAUAAGCCUGAUCUCCUUGAAACCAUAAACUCCUGCAUACGGAAAGGAAAGGUGAGUGUGUAUCUGUUUAUUUACAGGCCUAUAACAGCACUGUGAUAUCAGGUGUAUG